UAUAUCAGAGAGGAUAGCAGUCGACUUGACAGUCAUAUAGAGGGGCAGUGAUCACUCGACCUCACACAGACCCGCAGCUUCAAGCUAAAGAGCUCCAAAUGAUGACAGAGGAAGCAUCAGACGUGGUGAGGAGCAUCAGGAAGAAGCCUGGCCUGCAGAUAUGGACCAUCAACAGAAUGCGGAUGGUGCCGGUGCCUGAGAAAGCCUAUGGGAACUUCUUUGAGGGAGACUGUUACGUCGUAAGCACUGCCUCCUCCUCCUCGUGUGAUAUCCACUACUGGAUUGGCUGCAGCUCGUCGCAGGAUGAGCAGGGGGCGUCGGCCAUCCUGGUGUCCCAGCUGGAUGAGGCGUUGGGGGGAAGUCCAGUGCAGCACCGCGAGGUCCAGAAUCACGAGUCACCGCGCUUCAGGAGCUAUUUCAAGAAUGGACUCAUCUAUAAGAAGGGCGGUGUGGGUUCUGGGUUCCAGCACGUGGAGACUAACGCCUACAACAUCCUCAGACUGCUGCACGUCAAGGGCACCAAACACAUCACAGCCUCUGAGGUGGAGGUAUCCUGGAAUAGCUUCAACAAGGGAGACAUCUUCUUGUUGGACAUGGGCAAAGCCAUCGUGCAGUGGAAUGGACCGCAGAGCAACAGGAGAGAGAGACUCAAGGCUGUGCUUCUGGCUCAGGACAUCCGUGAUCGUGAGAGGGGGGGUCGAGCCCAGAUCGGGGUGGUGGAAGGGGCGCGCGAAGAAGACAGCCCGGAGAUGAUGAAGGUGAUGAGGGCAGUGCUGGGUCAGAGGUCAUCGGUGCUGAGAGAGGCCAUACCUGAUGAUAUGCCAGGAGUGGGACAGAUGGGUACUGUCCGCCUUUACAGUGUUUCAGAUGACAGGGGUCAGCUGAUGGUGCAGGAGGUGGCCAGUCAACCCCUAACUCAGGACCUGCUCAGAUCCACUGACUGCUACAUCAUAGACCAGGGAGGGAUGUGUGUGUACGUGUGGAAGGGGAAGCAUGCGUCUAGAGAGGAGAGGCGGACUGCCAUGUCCAGGGCCGUGGGUUUCAUCAAGGCCAAGAACUACCCAUCAUCUACGGGCGUGGAGGUGAUGGCGGAGGGGGGCGAGUCGGCCAUGUUUAAACACCUCUUCAAGAAGUGGAAGGAAGAUGGCCAGACCCUGGGGCUGGGGAAGGCCUACACCAUGAACAAGAUUGCCAAGGUAGACCAGGUGAAGUUUGACGUGAUGGAGCUGCAUGCCCGACCGGAGAUGGCAGCUCAGGAGAGGAUGGUGGACGACGCCUCAGGGAAGGUGCAGAUCUGGCGUAUUGAGCAUCAUGAGCUGCAGGAGCUGCACCCCAGUUCCUUUGGCCAGUUCUACGGGGGAGACUGUUACCUGGUGCUCUACACCUACCUGAGGGCCAACAGGCCACAAUACAUACUCUACAUGUGGUUGGGCCGGCAUGCCACACAGGACGAGAUAACUGCAUGUGCCUAUCAUGCGGUUGCCGUUGACAACCGCUAUGACGGGGCGCCAGUGCAGGUGCGGGUGACGAUGGGGAAGGAACCGCGACACUUCCUGGCCAUCUUUAAAGGCAGACUCAUCAUCUAUGAGGGUGGCACAGGUAAGGCGGGCGUGGUGAGCGUGUCGACGACUGGUGCUCGCCUGUUCCAGGUGCGUGGCACUGACCAGUACAACACCCGGGCCAUCGAGGUGCCGGCCCGCGCCGCCUCCCUCAACACCAACGACGUCUUCCUCCUCAAGACCGACCACGUGGUCUACCUGUGGUACGGCAAGGGCUGCAGUGGUGAUGAGCGUGAGAUGGGGAAGCGCGUGAGUGAGCUCCUCACUAAACAGGACAACCAGGUGGUGAUGGAGGGGCAGGAACCAACAGCCUUCUGGGUGGCACUCGGAGGCAAAGCACCCUACGCCAACGACAAGAGGUUCGAGAGGCAGGAGCCUAUGCAUAGCCCGCGCCUGUUCGAGUGCUCCAAUCAGACGGGCCGAUUUGUCAUGACGGAGGUGUACAACUUCGCCCAACAGGACCUGGACCAGGACGACGUCAUGCUACUGGACACCUGGCAGGAGAUCUUCCUGUGGAUUGGCGGCUCAGCCAACCAAUACGAGACAGAGCAGGCAGGAAACAGCGCUCUGGAGUACCUGAGGACACACCCAGCGGGGAGGGACUUAGAGACGCCAAUCAUCUCCAUCAAGCAGGGAUUCGAACCCCUCACUUUCACUGGCUGGUUCAACGCCUGGGACCCGCACAAGUGGAGUGGAGGUCUGUCCUACGAGGAGAUGAAGAGGAAACUAGGAGACACCGGCUCCAUCAAUCAGAUCACUCUGAACAUGGCCAACACCAGCCUCCACCGCCUUGACAGUACUGAGCUGAAGUACGGUGCCCCAGGAGGGCCAAUUCCAAUUGGAGUCGGAGGCAGUCCCCCUCCUGCCUACAAAGUCCAGGGCCACGGCAGCCCCUUCUAUGGCAUGGGCAUCAGUGCUCCCGCCGCAAAGAACUCUGGGAGUUGGAGUCCUGAGUACCUGCUGCAUAAGGCGCCCAGUGAGCUGCCGGUGGGGGUGGACUCCAACAGGAGAGAGGACUACCUGUCGGAGGGUGACUUUGAGAGAAUCCUGGGGUGUACGCGAGGCGACUUCCUGAGACUGCCCAAGUGGAGACAGAUGGACAUGAAGAAGAAGGCGGGGCUCUACUGAACAGGACCACGCCCCUUUCAUGCAUCACUACUGCAUGAUAGAGAGAUAGAGAAGUAGACAUAUAGAGACAGAGAUACAUAGAUACAUGUACGUAGAGGUAGAUCGAUAGAGGCAUUGAAAUAGAGCUAGAGACAGAGAACUAGUACUUUAUUUAUGUUCAUUCUGGUACGGUAGAUAAAAAGAGAGCCACUGGAAGACAGAGAGAUAGAUAGUAGACUAGGCCUACUUUAUUUAUGCUGACAUUGCUGUUUGUAGGCAGAUGGAUUCUGUUUGAGACAGUUCAUUUGGCUGCAUGGAAAGGCAUUAUUGACACUGAAAGAUUACAACAUAGCGAGCUAAGGCUACUAUAGGUAUUUGUGUUCAUGUGGUACAAGUAAAAAGAUAGAGCUACUAGGCUACUUUAUUUAUGGUUACAUGGCUGUUAGGGCACUCUGCCACAGUGUACUAGUUUGCUAACACUGAUCAUCCCUCCCACGCAGUAAAAGUUGCCAAUGCAACACUUGAAGAGCUGAACCAACAACUAGAGUGUUAACAUCGGCUCUUUGGUGGUGAAUAAUCACUAUGAAUUACUACAGUAUGCACUACAACACUUCUACACUGCCAUAGCACUUUAACACUGAUUACGCUACAAUAACACUAUUCCACUUAAACACUGAUUGCGCUACGAUAACACUGUCUCACUGCUUUGUCGCUUUAAUAACGCUAUUCCAUUUUCACACUGAUUACGCCACUGUAACACUACUGUAGUUCACUGCCUCUACUGACCACAUUGCACACCAAUUACCUGUUUGUGCUGGUCUAUUGAGAUCUUGCUUUUGCCAACUGCCACACAUAUCUGACACAUAUCUGACAUAUUUAAUACAUGUUUAGUAUAGAUGUGAUUUGUGUCUUUACAACUUAGUCAUUUGCCAUAAGUACCCUGUGCUACUCUGUUCUUAACUGCCUAAUUCUUUUUCGUAUACUGCGCUGUGUGUGCUGUUUAGUAAAGAUUAAAGUAAAACAUAUUUCAUUCUGUUUUGAUUGAGUAAAUCAGUAGGCUAAAAAAGCAUGCCUUAGAUUGCUGCCUAUGCCUGGCUAUUGCAUUGUGUAACUGUAGGUACGUAGUUAUUGCAACCAAUAACAAUAAAUAUAUUGACAAAAAUAAACAUGUAUUGAAAAACAAACAUGUCAUCUGGUGAUUUUUUAAAAUGCUAUAAAAUAAUUACGUUGAUAUGAUAUAUAAAUUAAACGUGUCUGGUGAUGUUGUGCUUCUCUUCA